AUGGCUUCUAAUCAUGAAGCUGUGUCACUAAUAGAAGCACGUCGCUGUUACGACAAAGUCAAGUACCGUCGAGAACAAAGAAAAAUCAAGCAGAAACUUAAUCAGGAUGAUAUCACCUUUGAUCAUGCAUUCUCUGUAUUCCAGACGUAUACUCUUGGUCAGGAUCUACCAAUAACUGCACAUAUCAAGAUCGCACAUUCUGAAAGUGGAAAACCAAUUCGUGGUGAAGUCAUGUUUCCACAUCAAGUUGGGCAACUGGAAAAACCUGUCGUUUUGAUGUUUGCUACAGGAAAACAAGCAGAAGAGGCAAAACAACUCGGAGUAGACAUUGUUGGUGGAGACGAGCUUAUCGAGCAGAUCAUGGAAGACAAAAUCACGUUUGAUCGUUGUCUUUCCACCAGUGAGAUGUUUCCAAAAGUUAUAAAAAUUGCCCGAAAACUCGGUCCAAAAGGACUCAUGCCAAGUCCUGCCAAAGGAACUGUGUCUGACGACUUACCUGCAAUGAUGGCGUCGUUGCAUGCAAGCACCAAAUUUGAACUCGGCUCCAACAAUAUGAUUCAAGUCGAGGUUGGUCGGGCUUUAUGGAAGGAAAGCGAAGUUGAAGCCAACAUCAAAUCACUGAUCGGUUCUAUAAUGAAAAGCAGGCCAAGCAAGCAAGAUGUAAACGGAUUUGUUGAAAGCAUCAGCAUAUCUGCUCCACAUACGGCAGGAAUGAAACUCCCCAAUUCCAAAUUUAUUCCAAAGCCUCCCAAGGCUCUGUCUGAAGUCAAAACACUACUGGAAUCUUAUGGACUGUUAACCAGAGUUGGAAAGGGAGUCCAAAUAAAUAUUCAGUAUGAUUAA